AUGGAAGCGCUGGGGCAGUUGUUCACUAGGGCGGUGCAGGGAGGACGAUUACAGGGGUUUGCGAUGGGAAAGGCUCCUGCAAUUUUGUCGGUUUCUCAUUUGUUCUAUGUAGAUGAUGCACUUAUUUUCUGCGAUGCGGAUGUGGAUCAAAUUGGGUAUUUGAGAUGUGUGUUAUUGUGUUUUGAGGCUGUCUCAGGUCUUCGGGUGAACUUAGCAAAGUCAGAAUUGAUUCCAGUGGGGGAGAUGGCUACGAUUUCGGUGUUGGUUGCUAUUAUGGGGUGUAAGGUGGUGACUUUGCCAGUUACGUAUUUGGGAUUACCUUUGGGGCCGUCUUUUAAGUCUAAAGGAACGGUAUGGACAGCAAUUGCACAUGUAAUAACAGGGGUAAUAGGGGCAGGAGUACUGUCCCUUGCAUGGUGUACGGCUCAGCUAGGGUGGGUCGGUGGUCCAGUCACUAUGCUGGUCUUUGUUGCCAUCACCAUUGUUUCAGCAGACCUUCUCUGUGAUUGCUACAGAUCUCCUGAUCCUGAAUAUGGCCCCACCAAGAGCAAAUCCUGCGUGGAAGCUGGUAAAUUGUAUUUAGGAGAGAACAGUAAAAGAAUAAGUGGACUGUUUUUGCAGGAAAGCAUGUAUGGGUGUGGAGUCGCCUUUGUUAUUACCUCCGCAGCUAGUGUUAGAACAAUUCAGAAAUCAAACUGUCAUCACAAAGAAGGGCAUAAGGCUUCAUGUGAAUAUGGGGAUACAGUGUAUAUGGUGCUGUUUGGAGUAGUGCAGAUUGUAGCGUCACAGAUUCCAGAUUUCCACAACAUGGCAUCGCUCUCUUUUGUUGCAGCAAUCAUGUCCUUCUUUUACUCUUCCAUUGGCUUUGUACUUGGCUUUGCAACUGUCAUUGAAAAUAAGAAGAUCAUGGGGAGGAUUGGAGGAGUCCCAGCAGGCACUACAACUGAGAAAUUAUGGUUGGUCUUUCAAGCACUUGGAGAUGUUGCUUUUGCCUAUCCAUAUACAAUUAUUCUUCUAGAAAUACAAAAAGAAAAAUAUUUAAAAUUGAAUGCAAUGAAAAGGAUACUGAGGAUAGGUACUAGCCAACUUGAUUUAGUUGGAGGAUAUCAGGUAUACAGUCAGCCAGUGUUUGCAAUUGCAGAAAGAUGGUUUGGUAAGAAGUAUCCAAACAGCAGAUUUGUGAACAAUUUCUACAACUUCAAGCUCCCAUUGUUGUCGGGUUUUCAGUUGAAUCCGCUUAGGCUAUGUUUUCGGACAUUUUAUGUUAUAUCAACCACCGUAAUUGCAGUGAUCUUCCCUUACUUUAACCAAGUUUUGGGAGUGUUAGGGGCACUGAACUUUUGGCCCUUGGCAAUAUAUUUCCUUAUGGAAAUGUACUUUGUGCAGAAGAAGAUUAGGGCUUGGACUACAAAGUGGAUUGUUCUUCAAACUUUUAGCAUUGUUUGCUUGAUUGUCUCAAUAUUGGCCUUGAUUGGGUCAGUUGAAGGACUUAUAAGGGCAAAACUGAGCUAAGGAAAAUGGUUUUUUU